AUGUCCAACGAAAGAACUUUCAUUGCUAUCAAACCAGAUGGUGUCCAAAGAGGUUUAAUCUCGUCAAUCCUCGGAAGAUUCGAACAAAGAGGCUACAAAUUGGUUGGUAUCAAAUUGGUGCAACCAACCGAGUCCUUGUUGAGAACCCACUACGACGACUUGCAAUCUAAGCCAUUCUUCCCAUCGUUGUUGUCCUACAUGUUGUCAGGACCAGUCUUGGCUACUGUCUGGGAAGGUAAGGACGUUGUCAAGCAAGGUAGAGCCAUCUUGGGUGCUACUAACCCCUUGCAAAGCGCUCCAGGCACCAUCCGUGGUGACUAUGCUGUUGACAUGGGCAGAAACGUUUGCCACGGCUCAGACUCGGUUGAGUCUGCCAACAAGGAAAUCAACUUGUGGUUCAAGCCUGAAGAAUUGGUUGAGUACAAACCAGCUCUUUUCUCAUGGAUCUACGAGUAA